AUGGAAGCGGCGGGGCUCAUGAACCAUUUCCCAUGUAUUGUGAUUCGUGGAAUCUGCGACUACUCAGACUCACAUAAGAACAAAGAGUGGCAAGGGUAUGCAGCGAUGGUGGCCGCUGCAUACGCUAAAGACCUACUCCUUCGGGUCCAACCGAAAAGAAUUGAGGCUGAGAAGAGAAUUGGUCUCCAUACAGUUGCACAGAAGCAGCUUGCGCUACAAGAGAAUAUAUUAAAGCAUAAGCUUUCAGAAAAGGAAAAAGAAUGUCUUCAGUUGUUUCGCCAUCCCACAAAUACCGAAGGUGCUGGCUACGAAUGGUACAAGAACCGUGUGGAAGCCCGAGUUGAGGGUACCUGCGAGUGGUUCCUUACUCAUGGCCAUUUCCAGACAUGGCUAGAGGAAGAUUCAGGACCAUUGCUAGUCUCGGCAGAUCCCGGCUGCGGGAAAUCCGUCUUGGCAAGAUACCUUGUUGAUGAAAUACUGCCGAAGUCAUCAAUCAUCUGCUACUUUUUUUUUAAGGAUCAAGAUCAGAAUACAGUUAGCCAAGUAAUUUGCGCUAUCCUCCACCAGCUAUUCUCGAAUAACCUAUCUCUGAUCAAGCAUGCUAUAGAGGAAUUCCAGAAGAACAGCCAGAGUCUGGUCAAACUGAUAGGGCCUCUCUGGAGUAUCUUUGAAAAGGCCACGCAAGAUCCUCAGGCUGCACCUGUGAUCGUUGUUCUAGAUGCCCUAGACGAAUGCGAUGAAUCAGAGUUCAUGGACCUUAUGCUGAACAUCAAGCGUCAAGUUCAUAGUGUUAAGUCGGAUAGCCGGAAACUGAAGUUUCUUCUCACAAGCCGCCCAUAUAAUCGAAUAACUGAUAAGUUCAGAGAUCUUCGAAAUGAUUUUCCUUUUAUCCAUAUUCCAGGAGAGGAAGAAUCAGAAAAUAUCAGCAAGGAAAUUGGUCAUGUCAUUCAAUCCCGAGUCAAUCAACUAUCAAUUGAGAAGGGCCUCUCAGUUGAAAUUCAAACUCACUUAGCUCUCAAGUUAAGCAAAGUUGCUCAUCGUACAUAUCUCUGGAUAUAUCCUGUGUUUGAAUACCUAGAGCAAAAGAAUUUCACAAAGACGAUAAAAGGAAUCAAUCGUAUGUUCGAAAGUCUGCCGAAGAAUGUCUAUGAUGCAUAUGAGCAAAUCCUUGCCAAAUCAGAAGACCAACUCAUGGUUCGCCGGACCUUAAGCAUCAUACUUGCAGCUGAGCAGCCACUAACUCUUUCUGAAAUGAAUGUUGCAUUAGCUAUUGAUGAUGAGACAAAGUUUUUCAAUGACCUUGAACUAGAGAAAGGAUUGGACUUUGCAUCACGAUUAAGAACAUCAUGUGGGCUGUUUAUUUCAAUUCAUCAUGAUAGGGUGUAUUUCCUCCAUCAAUCUGCUCGAGAGUUCUUGCUUGCAGAUAUGCUGUUACCUGCGAUCAAUGUUUCCGGUUCAUUAUGGCAGCAUUCUUUUACUAGGGAAGACUCACAUCGAGUCCUUGUAGAAAUCUGUGUGGCCUACCUUGACUUAUUCAAUAAUGAGACAAUUCCCACAGAGAGGACGGGCGAAGAAGUUUCCCAAAUUGGGAGAUAUUCUCUCCUAAAAUACUCUGUAGUGGAAUGGGGUAAUCAUUAUCGCAAAGAUUGCAUUGGCGCUGAUGAUAAUAUCACUUUUGCCGCAAUACACAUAACUACACCAGAUUCAAAGGCCUGGUCAGCCUGGUGCAGAUUAUUUUGGGGUUCAACAGGGAGAGACCCAUCAGAGAAAGUUAGUAGCAUUAUGAUAUGUUCGUAUAUGGGGCUCGGGUCUAUUGUCAACCUGCUUGUUGAGAAGGGUGCGGACAUUGAGACAGAGGAUAAAGAUGGCCAGACACCACUAUCAUGGGCUUCCAAGAACGGACAUGAGACUAUUGUCAAGCUGCUUCUUGGGAAGGAAUACGGCCAGACACCACUAUCAUGGGCUUCCAAGAACGGACAUGAGACUGUUGUCAAGCUGCUUCUUGAGAAGGGUGCGGACAUUAAGACAAAGGAUAAAUAUGGCCGGACACCACUAUCAUGGGCUUCCGAGAACGGACAUGAGACUAUUUUUAAGCUGCUUCUUGAGAAGCGUGCGGACAUUGAGACAAGGAUAUAG